AAAUACUUGAGGCGACUCCUGGUUCCCAGAAUACUAACAACAUGUAGACCAUUCAGUGCAGCAGUAGACUCUGCAUUAUUUUGGCACAUACAUUUCUAGAUUACUUUUUGAAUUCUGUAUGUUCUUUCUUUCAGCAAGCUCUGUCUGCUCCCCGUACCCUCAAAGCUGUCUCUAUGUAACAUUAUUUUCCUCCUUCAUUCUUAUCUCUAGUGCCCUGUGUAAUCUCUUCCUGAGCUCAAGAGUUUUGACCUCACUCCUUCACCUCUCUUAAGGGGCUGUACAGUGAUAGAGCAGCUCAGUGGUCAUGCACGAAGAUCUGUACCUGUUUCUUUGCAGAGGAAUAAAGGCAGUGGGCAUCUCUUAUGGAGGGGGCAUUGAGCUGAGAAAGGAGGCCUAAGCAUGGCACAGGUAGCUGUACCAAAAUAAAAACUAAGACUUGCAGAGGGGAGGCUUUGUGUUGGAGCCGUUGUACCAUCCCGUUUCCCAAGUGUCUCACCGAGCUGAAGGAAAGUGGCCUCCCAGGAGAGAUGGUAACUCUGGUGGCAAUUCUCCUGCAUGGGGAGCUUUGGAUAUUGGGUGGAGAAAGGGGGGCUCUGAUCCAGCUUCUGUCAAGCUGUCUUCUUUUAAUAUGUGUCUGAACUGUGUGACGAAGAUCAUUAAGCUGAGCUGAAAUAGCAGGAAGGGGCUUGGUGCAGCCUUGUUGCCCCUCGGGUGGGUGUUAUAUCCUAUGUGAAGCUCUUUGCUGCCUGAGCUCUAGUGCUUAAAGCUGGCUAUGGCAUUUCUACAGCAAGCUGUAGCUGCACCAGUGAGCAUAUGCCCCAAUAAUGGGUUGCUUGGGAAGGCAUUUGUUUUAAUAAGAAAAAUCAGUGUCCUUGUCUACACCACUCAAAUUGGUGUCCUUGUCCACACUGCUUAUGAGUGGCUUUCACCUCUCACAGCCAGAAGCUCCUGCUGUUGCCUUGGAGAAAAGGCAGAGGGCUGGGGAGGAGAGCCCCUAGUGCACCCGCUGGCAGCCCAGUGGGCUGUGGAGUGUCUCUGGCUGCUGGUGCAUUUCCAGUGGGGCAGCCGGGCCUGGCGAUGCAGGGCAGGGCUUUCUCUGCCAGCAGUGUGUUGGCAGCAGCCCGGGGGUGUGGGCCACUCCAGUACCCGAGGUGAAGAGAGCAGGACGGGGAGCACAGCCCACCCUGCUGCGGGGGCUGAGGCCAGCACCGCAUGGGAAGAGGGAAAGUGGCACACUGAAAAGCUCGGUUUCUCCCUGGUUUUGGAGGAGGAGGAUCUUGGGACUCCACUUAUUUCUGUGUUGCCUUGUUCCCUGGCUAGCCAAAGGGCUUGUCUGUGCUUGAUAGCACUUGUUUUUUCUCCUUUCUUGUUUGUAGGAGGAGGUGUGUAGGGAAGGUGAGGUACUUUCUAUUUAAAACCAGAAGGGUUUGUCAUCUCCGUCCAGGUGAAUUAACCCACACUGGAAGGAAGUAUGACAUUCACACUGCCUUUUGUAAUCUGGGAAAGCUGCAGAUGGAUGCGUGCCUGAUAGCAGGAAUUGCUUUGUCCACUAGUGCUUUCAUUGCCCUCCUGUUUUACUUAGCUGGCCACGGUCUGCACCCUUCCCCUCUCCAAUCUUGUGCUCCCUACUGCAGUAUGACCAAGCAUUGCUGCUUUGUUUUCCUGCUGGCGUGCAGCCAGCUACACCCUCUUACAGUUCCAGCUUGCAGUGAGUUUGUGCACUCAGAUUCACUGAUGAGUUAGGCAGUAGCUACUUCGCACAGCUGUGUGCACCUGAGCUGAAGUCCUGGAUUUCCACGCCCUCUUGGGAGAAGAGUGUGGCUGUAACUAUCUAAAGUCUGUCUAAACUAUCUAAACAUGAGGGAGAGAUGGUGUGCUCGACAUCUGGACCAAGGAGAUGUGAAACACUUGUAAGCACCAACAGUGAUAAUAGUGAAGUUUCUGGGAGGGUUUGUGUAGCCUGCUAAAAGCUGGCAGUUGCGAGAUGAGGCUUCUGGAUGCUUGUCUGUUAUGUUACUGGUACCAUUGCAAAUGCUAAUUGAAAGUUUGCUUUGGCUACCCCAGCUCCUGGGGGUCUCCUGGGCCCUCCUCUAGCAGAGGACCAAGCUGACCUGCAGUGUAAGCAUAACAUGGCCAUUCUCCACAGGUAACCUCUUCUGGUAGCUACUAGGCCCUUGUGGGUAGCUCCUCCUAUAUGUGAAGGCUACAGGUGUAGUCAGGGUUGUUUUAUUAUUGUCUCUUCCAUCUCCACAAAAUCCUUAUUGCAGGCACGUCUGUGGCUUUCACUACACUGCACCAGCCUUCAAGCAGGAGCUUAACUGUUUCCCUGAUGAGAUGUACAAGCCCUCCCCCACUGUCUCUGCAGAAAGGUUGCCUGUCCCUUCUUCUGCCUCACUUUCCAAAGCUGCUCUCUUGUUCUCCCUGAGGUGUGCAAAACCUGGCAGUAAUAUGAUGAGACAAAUCUAAUUUGGCAGCUUCCAGUGUUGAUCUGCUGUGCACCUCCCUCUACCCUGUCUCCCGGUAUCAUCAUGGAACCACUCCAAAUGCAGCUUUAAACUUUUCCUUUCACCCAUCCAAAUCCCUUGCAAGAAAGCCAGGGAAGCGGAAGGUGGGUCUUUGUGCUUAAUAAGAGGAAAUUCAGUGUUGUGUACAUCUGUAACAGCACAGUGCACAGGAUUUCUUCUUCCCCUCACAAAGUGUGGGCUUGAGUUUGAGAAUCUUGCUGUUUAGACCUUUAUAGACUAUCCUGUCUUUAGGAGUAGUAACCUUCCUUAGCCAUCAGCUUAUGUCCAAGACCACCCAUCUCCCUCGUCUCUCUGCUCCUUGAGAGCCUGUUUUUGAAAACUGUCUGUAUUAGGUGUGAUAAGCAAUAUUUUUCUAGUCAGGUAGCAGGAGAGGCUGAAGUCUUGUAGCAGGAAGAGCUAAGAGGGGGGUAGCAUAAGACCAGCCUGAUGUGAUCAUGGACCCCUCUUUAAAGAAGAGGUAGACGUACCUAUUGGGGGUAAACACAGGUGAAGCUGAUCCUGCCUUGGAUGAGGUGGCCUCUUAAAAGUUUAUGACCCUGCAGCUUUCUGUGCUCUGCCAAGGUCUCUUGUUUCUGCGUUGCAGCUUCUUUCUGACAGUCCUGUACCUUCACGUGUGCAACAGUUUCAAAAGAUGGUUCAGCAGCACCAAAAUAGUUGGCUGUUAACUGACAGCAGUAAGACAUGGAAGAAGACCUAUGAGACCUUUCUGAAUGGACAUAUGUCUCCGAAACAUACUGUUUGUUGAAGCUGAUGUGUCACUGAUGGAGUCUGAAGAAACCAGUGAGGGAGGUACCACUCCCCCAGAAGCCAGCAGCACCAGGGGGGAAGCCUGGGAUUCUGCAGCAGUCAACAGAGAGCAUCAUGCCCUUCAUGCAUCAGCCGAAAUGAACACCAGCCCAUCUGACUCUGCAAAGGGAGCAGAACUCAGCACUCCCGAGAGCUGCCUUUCUGCUGCAGGAGAAGCAGCGGAGAUGCUGGGCAGACCCUUUAACCCUGUGCAAAAAGUGCCAGCAGGGCUGGAACGAGAGCAAGGUGAUGCAGAGCCUCCAAAGGGACUCUCAGAAUUGGAAGGAGAAGUGCUUCUUGAGGAGGGUGGACUGGAUUGUUCUCUGAAACAUAAGCAAAUAGAGCUGGUUGACCUGGAAAGCAGCCAGGACUGUUCCUCUCUCAGCACAGUCCGGGAUGGGCCAGCCCCUGGCAAUGCCAUCCUGCAGGCUGUGGACUUCAGCACUGAGUUUACUCAGUGCCAAGCAGAACAGACUUGUCAUGGCUCAGAUCCUCAGGCCCAGCAUUUGAAAUCGUCUUUGGCUGAUGAUGUUUCCUCUCAAAGAGACACACUUAAGUGCUUCUUGGUGUGUAAAACUGUUUCAGAGGGGCAUUAUAAGGCUGAACCAUUUCUGGAUAAGGUGUCCACAGAUCCUUUGCAGGAGGUUGAUGUUGGUGCAGAGCAGAAGCAGAGCAGCAGAAAAGUGGCAUCAGCAACUGAUGAGCAGCCUACUUCACAGGAAGAAGUAGAGGACAUGGCUAAACCUUACAUUUCUGAAGAUGCUAAGGAAAGCAUAAGAGCACUCCAGUGUGUGGAAGAGAAUACAGAGUUGUCUUCUUCCCACCAAUUGUCUUCCAGCUUAACAGAUGACAGCCAAGUAAGUUCACUACAAGGAGAAGGCAACAUCUCAGCUGGUGAAACAAGGAAUAGCAGCAUGGUCAAAGACCAGGGAACAGUAAUUGUUUCUAAAGAAAACUCAUCCACUUCUAAAUGCCUUCAUGUUGAAGGUGAUCACAGAAUAACACAGGGCAGACCUGCCUUUCCAGCAGAGAGUGCCUGCCAAGUAAAGGAUACUGCUAAAAAAACUGAAGAAGUGAAUACUUCACAGCAUAAGAAAACAACACAGGAAGAGGUGUUGUCUGAACUUCAGCAGAAAGAGGAGAAUGAAGAGUGCAAAGAGCAGAAUCUGUUGGAAGAAGGAAAAUCUUUGGAUCCUAAAGAUCAGAAAAACAAGAAACAAAAUGAGCAGAAACAACAACUACAGAAGGAAGAGGUCAAACUGGAAGCUCUAGCAUCAGUUUUCAGGUCAGAGAUACCUUCUGUUCCCAGGCAUAAUGUGGACUUGUGUGCCUUGGAGAAUAUUGUUUUGGCUGAGCAAACAGGACCAGCAUUUCCUCCAGCAGAGCCUGCCUCUGUGGGUCAGCAUCCCAGUGAGGAUGUACCGCUGAAAGCUUAUGUCACAGAAGCAGGUUCUGGAUAUCAGCCACCCACUGUCAGUCCCCUGUCCUCACAUAAUCUGAACCUAGUGGGUGAAACUCCAGUGUCACCUCCACACAUAUGCCAUGUCUCUGACCAGGCAGAAGAUCUAGAAGACUCUGGCCGCUUUUCCAUUGUUGGUCAGGAUAUUGGAGAAGCUGACUGGCAUGACAGGACAAGACAGGGCAGGGAGAAUGAAUGCAGUGAGGGGCAUGGAAAGGCUGUCCAGAGGUUUGAUAAAAGAGAUGAACCUUCUAGCAGAGAGAGCCCAGAGGCUUACGUUCCAGCACUCCCUUCCUCUGCUACCAAGAACUUGGAGCCACCUGGUCCCAUAGAUAUUCAUCCCGUUACAGGAAAUUUGGGAAAAGCUGAGCUUCAGGACUUCAUUCCAACUUUACCGUCAGAGCUUUCCUCUGUGGCUUCAAUGUCUGGUCCACAGCAAGACGGUGCUUAUGAAACAGCCUCUGUGACCCUUGAAGUCUGUCCUAGCACCAGCCUGAACAAACUGCUAGACACUGUAGAGAAGCCAGCCAACCAAGCUGCUUCUGUACGAGGGCAGGACCCAACAUUAGAGGAAACUACUGUUGUACAUGCUGAUCCAGGGGAGGCCAACAUUUCCCAUGAACUCACAACUUCUGAGGAAGGCUUUAAUGAAAACCUUAGUGGCCCAUCUUCUUUCUCUGUAAUAUACCCGAGCUGUCUUCCUCUGGAGGGGAGCCUUCCUGAAGAUGGGAGGACGGCAGCUAUAGUUGCAGGGCCUCUGGAACGACCCCAAACACCAGACAGGACUUCCACUCCCCUGAGCCACCCAGAGACAAUUCAGCAAAACUCCCCAGAAAUAAGUGCCAUUAUCCAAGGAAAAGAAACAGGAACAAAUGUAAAUCAUGAAGAACAGCAAAUGCCUGUAUUUGAUCAGUCUGACUCCAGUUUAAACCAAAAAGAGCCAGCAUCCAGAAUCUCCAGUGUCCUGAGCACCCUAACUUGGCCCUCUGAAGAAGAUGGUGUCCUUGCUGUGAACCAGCAAGAACAAUCUCUGUCCCCUGUGUCCCACUCAAGCCUACCUCUGGUGUCUGAGCUUGAUGCCAAACAGCUUCCUCAUCUUCUUUUCCAUGUCCAAAGCCCCAGUCAAGCUCAGGCCCCUGCACUUAGUGCAAAUCACCUUCCCCGACCUCGAGCCCUUGAUAUGUCCCAGCCACUGGCUCCUGUACCCCACUCCAGGCCACAUCGCAACUGUGGUGUGGACAAUAAUAAGUUACUAGCCAUUCACCCUACUAUAAGCCAUACUUUCCGGACUGCUGCCUCUGUUUCUCAUUUUAACACUGUAGCCUCUGGUUCUGAUGGAGAUGUAGCAGAGAAAGAUGACCUUGUUCCAGAAAUUAGAGAGUGGGAUCUCGGUGAUUCAGGAACCCAUGAUGCAGAGACUUCUGAUGACUCGGGGGUCAGUUUGUUGGGCAAAAGCUUUUCUGCUGCUGGAAAUGAGGCACUGGCCGUCUGCUCUGACACCAGCCCUGAAACAACGGAUCAGCACAUGGAUAUACAGUGUGAAAAAUCCUCACCUGACCACCCUUCUUGGCCCUCGCUAGAAAGCCUGAUAACAUCCACAGACUCCAAGAGCAGAGAUUCUGCACAACCACUUCCAAUGCUAGCAUUCACCAAUCCAAUCCAUUUCCUCCAGCUCAGCCCUCCAUCACCACCAACCACCAGAAUGGCCUGCCAAGAAGAGGAGGUCUCAGGGGAGUUACGAUGGGAGCAGCAGACAGGCUUCUUCGGUGUGGACACAAAGAAUAUCCAAGUUCCUCUGGCAAACACAGAGAAAACAGAAGGUGAGAGGAGGGUCAAGCAAAGGCUGGAAGGAGAAAGAGGAGAACAGCACUUGGUAGCUCAGCCAAAGGAAGAAAUGCCCAGACACUCACCUUUGGAAAAAUCAUCAAGUUGGCCAGACAAAAAAAUGAGCAGGGUAGUUACACAGGAGCCACCAGCCAAUCAAGAAAACACAAUUAAACGCCGAGUAAAAAGUAAGGAUUGGCACCGUCAGGGCCUGAAGAGGAUGUCAGUACCACCUGACAUCUUGCAGGAAAUUCCUUCUGUUCCUUCAGAGGAAGAAGCUCACAAGGCACACAGGGAACCACCAGUCAGUUCUGAAAGAGUAAUAUUGCGAGAGAAGAAACCUGCAGAUGCAAUGGAGAACUUCAAACGCCGACACUCCAAGCUGAUAAACUCCUCAAGAUUGCUGUAUCAGGAGUACAGUGAUGUGGUUCUGAACAAGGCCAUUCAAAGCCAGAAGAGAGUGGAUUCUUUCGCAGAGGAUAUAGAGUCGAGUCUCCCAAGCUCCCCAAGGCUACGGAGAAAAGUGCUGUCUCCCCAGGACUCAUAUUUGCAACGUCUGUCAGUGUCAUCUAAUGCGUCCCUCUGGCAGGACAUCCCCAUGAUACGGGGCAGCAGAAUGCUACUCAAUAUGUCCCGUGAUGAACAGAAGCUGCAAGAGGCCAAGUUUGAGCUGAUAAUGUCUGAGGCUUCAUACCUGCGCAGUUUAAAUGUGGCUGUGGAUCACUUCCAGCGAUCAGCAGAGCUCCAGGCAAUGCUCACCAACCAAGAGCGUCAGUGGCUUUUCUCACGCCUUCAUGAUGUACGCGAUGUCAGCGCCAGUUUCCUCUUUGACUUGGAGGAGAAAUUUGAGGAGGACAUGUUCACCUUCCAUGUGUGUGAUGUGGCUCUGAAACAUGCCCCUGAGUUCCGCAGGGUGUAUCUACCAUAUGUAACAAACCAGACGUAUCAGGAGCAAACCUUCCAGCGAUUACUAAAUGGAAAUGCAGGGUUCCAGCAAGUCCUGGAGAGACUGGAAAGUGAUCCAGUAUGCCAGCGCCUCUCACUUAAAUCCUUCCUCAUCCUCCCUUUCCAGCGCAUCACUCGACUCAAACUCCUCCUACAGAAUAUCCUGAAGAGAACUCGACCGGGGUCUGAGGAGGAAGUGCAAGCAACACAGGCCUAUGAUGCACUUGAAAAGCUUAUCAAGGAUUGCAAUGAAAAUGUCCAGCGCAUGAAGAGCACUGAAGAGCUGAUCUACCUCAGCCAGAAGAUUGAAUUUGAGUGCAAGAUAUUCCCACUCAUCUCACAGUCGAGGCGACUUGUGAAGUGUGGUGAGUUAACAGCACUGGACUUCAACAACCUGAGUCCAAAAUGGAAAGUCACCACCCGUCCCAUCUACCUACAUCUUUUCAAUGACUGUCUGCUCCUGUCUCGGCCGAAGGAGGGUGGACGUUUUGUCGUAUUUGAUCAUGCUGCUUUCUCAGAUGUGCGUGGGGAGAAGUGCGAGAUGAAACUACAUGGAACAAACAAAAAUGUUUUCCGUCUCUUUCUACUUCAGAAUUACCAGGGAAAGAGAGUGGAAUUUUUGUUUCGUACAGAGACACACAGUGAGAAGCUGAGGUGGAUCUCUGCUUUGGCUCCUCCGCGAGGAGAACUGGACCUCCUGGAAUGCCCUGAUGCACCACAGGUUCAGUGCAUAAAGACCUACAAGGCUCGAGAAAAUGAUGAGCUGGCUCUGGAGAAAGCAGAUAUCAUCAUGGUUAUGCAGAACAGUAAUGAUGGAUGGAUGGAAGGAGUAAAACUUUCAGACCGGGAGAGAGGCUGGUUCCCCGCAGAACAUGUGGAACUCAUAUCCAGCAAACAGGCACGGCAGAAGAACCUGAAGGAGGAGCAGCGUGUAAAGAAUGCCAAGCAGCAGGUCUUCUGCAAGAAAUAAGACACUACUUUGUUUGGACCUGUACAGUCUCCCUGCCAUGGGGAAACCAUAUUUUUGUUUUUAUAUUGUGCCUCAGAAGAAACGCCUCUGCAAAGAGCAUAAUACAGCACUUUGACAGAACCAGGUGCUUUUUGCCAAAGAAAGCAGGAAUUCAAUCAGGAAAAAUCAUUCACUUCCUCUGUGUCACCAGGACUAUGGCAGCAGUAGGAGGAAAAAAAGGUUGCGUAUAUUGCUUGCUUUGUGGUAGUAGGGAGGGACUUUGAUUGGACAGAAGUCUGGGAUCUGGACUUCUGAAAAUGUGUUCCUGGUUUUGCCACUGACAAGUUGCAGGACCUUGGGCAAGUCGCUUCAGAAUUCUGCCUCAGUUUUCCCAUCUGUGAAAUGGGGGUAAACUUACCUACCUCACUGGAUGAUGUGAGGCUAAAUUCACUAGUAUUAGCAUACUAAGAGCUUUGAGUUCCUGAGAAGGAAGGUGCUAAGUGCGAAGCACAAUAUAGUUGAGGAGAGUUUUCCGUUUGAAUAUCCUCUUGAUAUCUCGAUACUGAUCUCCAUAGUGUAAUUUCCAUUUAGAACAAUUUAUCUAUUUGAUCGUGCAAGUCUACUGGUUUUUAGAUAGGCAAAUAUUUCUUUGUACCGAAAUUUAACUCAGACUCUACAUACUGUUAAGAGUCCUUAACAGCAUUAGAAGACCCACUUGAGUUAAGCGAAGUUUUCAGAAGCCACUGUGAUGAUUGCCUGCACCUUAAGAGGUAUCAAGCUGAAGAAUCUGUUUCACAAAGGUCACCUCUCUUCUGAACAAGUGUCCCAAUAAGCCAUCUGAAAUGACUUUUUUUUUACUCUGCCUCCCACUCAAAGUAGAACAAUGACUGUUGAUAAAGAUUUUUAUUACGUGUCGGUACGUGCCCUGUACAAAAUAACCAUGACUAAGCAUAUGCAAUGAAGUGGCACUUUCCUGCUGCUCUUAAUCUGAUAGCUGAUGUGGUUUUGCAUGCACCAUUUUGCACACUUAUAGAAAACACUGAGAUAUUUAGCCACUGUAGAUAAAGUCAAAAUAUGGACCAGGGACUUUGUUCUUUAUUAGAACUCUCUGGUUUUAAGUCCAGUUUACAUGCAGUCCUGCUUCUGUGCAGAACCUGCCUAUUUGAGGAUACGCCUUCAACUGUAAAAUACUAUUUCUGUGUUAAAGUGUUUGCGUUCAGUCAAUGCAAGAUCAAGUAUAAGAAUCAACACACCAAAGAAAGCAACGUGUAGCCUUCUUGCAUUUAAUAUAUUUGAAGAAUUAGUUAUCUUCAUUUCUCCAGCUUUCUGUCUCUGUAACAUUCUGCCUUUAAUUCCCAUUUAUGUUGUAUCUAGUACAGCUUAUUACAGCCUAUUUAUAUCAAUAAUUUUAGCUGGAUUUGAAAAAAAAAAAAAAAGUUGCUUUUAGUCCUAAUAAACUUAUGCACUUCUCCAGUUAAAACAA